AUGGAGAGUGAAGAGAGCUUUUUGGUGUUAGUGCACUCUUCUGGAAAAAUAAAAAAGAGUAAGAGGCACGGUGUGAAGUUUAUAGAUAGAGAACCAUUGAGUGUUUUCAUUAGGUCGUUUGAUACACUGUUGGAUCUGAAGAGCAGUAUAUUGCAGAAGUUGGGCGCCGGUGGCACAAAGUGGGUGAAGAAGCUGUUCUACAAGAUUCCUAUUGCGGUUGUGUUAACCGGUGUGCAAUAUGAAACAUUCGCGUUACGAUCAGAUGAAGAUAUGCAAGUGUUGUUUCAUUGUCGUCGGAGUUUUCCGGAAGUGAGGAUACACAAGUUGUUUGCAAAGUUGGAACAUGGGAUCGAUAGUUCUGGGGCAUCCGCGCCAAACCCUCAGUCCACCACGAUGGGGGGUGCCUCCACCUCGAUGUCCGUCGUUGCACCUGAGUGUUUGUUGGAGUAUUGGCCAGCUGGUCCAGAUGGGGUAUUCACCUCAACUCAUCCAUCUCCAGAUGUAGGACGUGAGGGGGAACCAGAUCGGGUUGAAAAUGCGAUGCUAGAGAAUGAUUCCAACGAAGAGCCUGCUGACAUUGGAGGAGACAGCGAUGAUGAAAUUCUGACAAACCCAGCAACAUGUCAACCACCGUCAAGUGCCGGCACACAUGAUAAGGAAGAAGUUGUGCUUACUGUAAAGGAUUACAACAUUCGGCGUGGUGUUGAGUACAGAGUGAUGGAGUCGGAUCAUUUUAAGUACCAUGGGAGAUGCAAGGAGUUCGGGAAGGGUUGCACGUGGAUGAUUCGCAUCAGCCUUCGAGCGCGGAAGGGAACCUGGGAGGUUCGACCGUACAACAGAAUACACACAUGCUUGGCUACAUCGAUAUCAAGCGACCACCGACAACUUGAUUAUCACGUGAUUUGUGCGAAGAUCUUUCCUCUGGUUCGAGCCAAUGCGGCGGUAUCGAUAAAGGUGUUGCAAGAAGCUACCGAAGGAACGUACGAGUUCAAGCCAACUUACAGGAAGACAUGGUUGGCAAAACAGAAGGCGGUAGCACAGAUAUACAAGGACUGGGAAGAGUCCUAUGCCGAGCUACCUCGUUGGAUCCUUGGUAUGCAGUCUAUCAUGGAGGGGACGGUUGCCUUGUUGAAGACGUCUUCGGUUCGAGUCGGUGAUGACGUCGAUGACUCAACCGUGUACUUUCAUCGUCUUUUCUGGACGUUUCCUCCUUGUGUUGAAGCUUUCCGACAUUGCAAGCCAUUGGUCAGCAUAGACGGUACUCAUCUGUAUGGCAAGUAUGGAGGGACUUUGCUCCUGGCCGUCGCUCAAGAUGGGAACUCUAACAUCUUGCCUAUUGCAUUCAGUCUCGUGGAGGGGGAAAAUGCCGAGUCGUUGUCUUUCUUCCUGACCAACUUGCGCCAACAUGUGACUCUGCAACAGGGAAUACUGGUCAUCUCAGAUAGGCACAACGGCGUUAAGGCUGCACUAGAGAACCCUAACAGUGGGUGGUUACCCCCUCAUGCGUACCGAGCAUUUUGUAUUUGGCAUGUUGCAGCUAACUUCACACUCAGUUUUAAGGGCACGGAUGCAAAGCGUUUGCUUGUGAACGCUACUUAUGCGAAGACUGAGGCAGAGUUUCACUAUUGGUUUGAUAUAAUGCGGACUGGGAAUCCAGCAAUGUGUGAUUGGGCGAACAGAAUAGAAUACGAUAAGUGGACUCAGCACCAGGAUGGUGGCAGACAAUUCGGUCACAUGACGACCAAUAUAUCUGAGUGUGUUAAUUCUGUUCUGAAGGACGGCAGAGGCUCAGUUGGCCAGCGGUGCCAAGUUUUGCCAGUGUUUUAUAAAGGCGAUGGAGCGCUACUUGAGAGACUCCAGGCUCUCCAUUAUCCAUGUUGCCAUGCAAUUGCAUGUUGUGCCCAGUCAUGGCUUGACUUGUCUAUUUAUGUCGACGAAGUCUACACCAUGCAGAAGGUGUUUAGGGCGUACCAGAUGGGUUUUGUGCCGCCAAUACCAGAGGGACUUUGGCCACCUUACGAUAGUCCGACCGUUAUUUCGGAUCCUAGCUUGAGGCAUUGUCGUGAUGGGCGACCGAGGUCUACCAGAAUCCGGAACAACAUGGAUGAGGCCGACUCUAACCGACCAAAGCGAUGCGGGCUCUGCAGACAGCCUGGGCACACGCGUAAAUCUUUCCCCCAGAGAGGCUCCACCGUUGCUGGUAGUUCGUGGGACUUCUAG